AUGGUCACCAUCACACGCCUUCAGCCGAAGGGCACGCUUGAAGAGACUUACAACUCGCCGGAGGUCAAGAACGCCGCCAAGACGCUCGAGGUGUCUUUCUCGACGGACGAUGUCACCAAGGCGCUCAAUGGCGAUGACCCCAACAUCGGUGGCCUUCGGAUGCUCGCGAGCACGACCACGGCCGUCAUGGACCUCGAGGCGUACGUUGCGAACCCCGAUGGAGUCGACCCCGCCGAGGUCGCUGGCGCCGUCAUGCUCAUGAAGCAGCCCGGAAUCGAGCACGGCAAGUCGGAGAAUGCGAAGGGCCCGCACUCGGCCAAGUGCGAUGUGAUUAUGGAGCAGAAGCCGGAACUGCAGAAGGCGUUCAAGGACAUUAUCGCCUUCUUCGGCCACCUCGAGGAGAAGGCUCUUGGCCCCGAGGCCGUCACGCCGACAUACUACAUCUCGCACCUGGGCACGCUGCCGGACUACCAGCGCAAGGGCCUGGCGGGUGCGCUCCUCAACAUGGCGAAGCAGAAGGCCAAGUCUCAGGGCAAGACGCUUACGCUCCUCACCAUGACGGAGCCGAAUGUCAAGUACUACGAGAAGUUUGGCUUCAAGAACCUCUACUACGAGGAGGUCACCCUCAACGGUAUCCUGACGCGAUGGUGGGUCAUGGCUGUCGACCCCAAGGACAGCUAG